GGAUGCGCGGACUGAACACUUCAAGCGUGCGUUAAACUGUCAACUGCUAAUGGGAGCUAACUGCUAAAUGAAAAGUUUAAGAGCUUCAUAGUACAACUGGAAGAAACAGUCAGAGGUCAUGUUUCUUCAUUAUGAACCCGGUCCGCAAACGUCUCAAACUAACCCCGUCCAAACUGCAAAAUGCCAUCAGCACCAUCGGGACUGCUCACAGUGCGCCAUCAUCCGAACUCAUCUCCCGUGAUGCUUUGUUGCUACCACCACCAGCUCCUGCAGGAGCCAGAGCUGAGGAAGAGGAAGAUGAGGGCUACCUGGUGGUGGAGGAAGACACCACAGAUUCCAGCCUUGUCAUCACCAUGGAGGAAAGUCAGUUGGAGGUCAAGGUGCAAAGGAGUAAGACAGCGAGGAAGAGGAAGAAGAAGAAAACACUGAAUGAGGAGGACGACGAUGUGAAGGACAGGGCUUCAGAGACGGAGGAAGAGGGGGAAGCAGGAGUAGAAGUGGAGAUUGACAGACAGCUGGACCAGUCACUAGAGUCAAAGUCCAAACAACAUAAUCUGACCUCUGUGAACGUCAAGAACAUCAUUCAUGAAGUGAUCACUAAUGAGCAUGUGGUUGCCAUGAUGAAGGCUGCCAUUAACGAGACCGAGGCAGUUCCUCCGUUUGAGCCUAAAAUGACCCGAUCCAAGUUUAAAGAAGUGGUGGAGAAGGGAGUGGUGAUUCCUACCUGGAACAUCUCUCCCAUCAAGAAAAGUAGUGAACUUAAUAAGGCUCCUCAGUUUGUGGACAUCCCUCUGGAUGAGGAAGACUCUUCUGACGAAGAAUAUCGUCCUGAUGAAGAAGAGGAGGAUGAGACGGCUGAAGAUACCUUCCAGGAGAGUGACAUGGAAAGCACAGCCUCAUCUCCUAGAGGAAGUCGCCUGAAUAGAGUUGAUGAAGACAGCUGCAGCCCCUGGCAGACCUCUCGAGUUAAGCCCAGGCGCUUCAAGGCUGGGUCCAUGGGACCUCCUCCUCCUCCCCCCAAAGCUUUGCCCAGCAAAGCUGUGACUGACAGCACCUUCCUGGAGAAGCUUCAUGCUGUUGAAGAGGAGUUGGCCGAUUGUAUGGAGCCUUAUCAGCCUCUGUCGGAGUCAGAAGAUGAGGCGGGUGUGAUGGCGUACCGGACUCGAUCUAAACGUCCUCUUCGGGAUGUGCCGCUGGGCCAGCUGGAAGCGGAGCUCCGAGCUCCUGACAUCACUCCAGACAUGUACGACUCCAGCUCCACCCACGAGGACAGGGAGUGGACUGAUUGGCUUAGAGGCUUGAUGACCUCAGAUGUGGAUAACGAAGAGGAGUGUGAUGAUGAAGAUGAUCCAGAGUAUAACUUCCUGGCUGACACCGAUGAGCCUGACCUGGAGGAUUACCGUGACGACAAGGCUGUCCGCAUCACCAAGAAGGAGGUAAACGAGUUGAUGGAGGAGCUGUUUGAAACGUUGAAAGAGGACCUGACAAGACCAGAAGUGGAUGAUGAAGGCCACGAUGAAGAGGAAGAUCCCCUGGAUGAAACACACACUGUUCAGACCCAUGCCCUUGAGGAACAGCACAACAUAGGGCCAAUUGAUGACGAGGCAGACGACGGACCAAUCACAGAACUCCGUACAGUGAAACAGCAGCUGGCUUUGAUCAGGAAGAGACGGCGGACACAAGGCAACACACAUUCACAAUGCCCAGAACCAUACACACUGAAGCUGAACGCUCAGCAGAAGAGAAGACUACAGCAGCAGCUACAACAGCAUGUGCAGUUGCUGACUCAGAUUCACCUGCUGACUUCACCUGUUACCAAACUGCACAGUGAGGCCGAGACCACCAGACAGUUUCUGUUUGAGUUGGACAUGUUGGCUCAGAGGGGCGAGCUAAUCAGGUCUGCAGGUCAUCCUGGUUUCUGCAGCGCCUUCAGAGUGUCCAACCUGCAGGGGGCGCUGGAGCUACUGGAAGAGCUGCGCCAGACUCCCAUCAACUACCAGCCACAACACCGCCCACCUGACGCCAGAGGAUACAUGCGUAGUUUCCCCGUCAUGCCUCCUGAGCUGGCCUGGGUCUUUGCCACUCGUCCCGUCUUCCUUUACCCAGAGUUGCUGCCCUGUGCAAGCCUUGACCCAGCUCUGUACUGUCCCCGCAGAACAGCAGCUUUCACCGCAGCUGAGGAUUGCUUACUAGUGCUUGGCCUGAGGAACAUGGAGGGAUCAUGUGACCCUCCUAAACUGGUGUCUCAGUUUUUGCUGAGGAAAACUCUAGUGCAGGUCCGUCGAAGAAUCCUGCAGUGCUGUAGACCUGGUUUCCCUGACAACAUUGUCAAGGCCUUCAGAUAUCAGCAGGUGCUGUGGCCGAUGCCAGUGGCCUGCCAUCAUGUUGAUCCAGCAGAGCGCCGUCCACCUGUGGAGAGAGAAGAAAGUGUCAUGCCUCUUUGGCUCGUGCGGAGCCUUCCUGUCAUUUACCCAACAAUCAAACACUUCAACAGCCCAACUAGCUCCGCCCCUGAAACCCCACCCUCCUGCAGGAGAGGUAAAGUCCGUCAGAGUCACCUGGCUUUUCUGCGCUCCACCCUGGGCUCCUACAACUUCCCACCAGGGACAAAAUACCCACCUCGCCUCCCAAACAAUCUAGACUUCAAGCGCAUUGGGUUUGUCAUGCUACAGCAGCCCCUCCCCCUUCCUCUCCCUGACUCUUCCCCUCUUUCUGACGGUCCCCUCAACACUUCCUCCCCAUCUGUUACUUCUCCACGAUCACUCAGUCCACCUCGAGUCUUCCUCAAGCGUCUCAUCCUGACCAGGGCAGACACCCCUGCUAAAGUUAAAACCCCCUCCACUGUCUCCACGGAAACAAUGGAUCAAAUCAGAAGCCACUGUCAGACACUUGCUGGUCUGAGGAGGAGGGGACUGUCUGCUUCUCCUCCUGGUGCAGGGGAACCCAGACGUAACGAAGGAGGAAUCAGGAAGAGGAGUGAGAUCACAGCUCCUUCUCCUGCCUCCUUUCAAGAGCCAGACGAUGAUGUCAUCAGUAAAAGUGAUACAGAAGAGAAGGAAGAAGAGGAGGAGAUGGAGGAGGAGAGUGAAGUACUUCUGGCUCUGUCUGAAUCUUCAUCUAGCACCGCGGGAAGUGUUGCACAUGAUGACAACAUCGCUGAUCUGAAGGAGGCAGAUUCAGAGAGUGAAAAUGAAGCAACUGUGGUUCUAUCUAAAGUAGAAGAUGAUGAUCUUGGAGGGAUGUCUUCAGAUGAAUCGAGAGCAUCCGUCAUCCACCUUCAGGAGAGGCUGUCGUCAGAGGAAACCGAGGAUGAAGAAGAUGAUCAAAGAAAGUCUGAGGACAUUUUGUUUGCUCGGGAUUAUCUACAAAGAGUAUGUGAAACUGUGCAGGUUAGUCCGGGCUGUUCUGAGCAGCUAUUGCAGGUUUUGGAUGAAUUCUCAGCUUUGGGUCCUUCAAAAGCCCCAGAGGUCUUGUAUGACAGACUAAGCUGUGUGCUACAACCAUGGCCUCAGCUGCUAAAGGACUUUGCUGCUUUUCUGAACCGUAUACAGGCUCGCAAAUGUGGAUUGCUGAUGGAGCAGCAGCUGUUUGAACGAAGUAGGACGUUCCUACGGCGAUUGGGACGGCGUCUGGGAGAGAGCUCCCCUCUUUACCAACAGGUGGUUUCUUUGCUGCAGGGAAGCUCCACCACCUCAUCCGAGGACAUGGAAAAGGUCUUGUCUCUGUUAAUACACGAUCCAAACCUGCAGGGAGAGGUCCAAGGGUUCUUUCAGCAGGUCCGAACGUGCUCAUCACCUGUAGCAACCAGCUCUAGCACCUCUAAUGUGGACUUUACCACUCAGAAUUCUACUGAUGGGAACAGGCGCAGUGGUAGAAAGAAGCAGGAGGAACAACAAGCCGUUUGUGCCAAAAACAUCACAAUGACAUCUACUGGGGAGAAGGUCGUCGUCUGGACACGUGAGGCAGACCGUGCCAUCCUGACAGCCUGUCAGCAGAGAGGAGCCAACAGAAAGACAUUCAGACAGGUGUCCGCACAGCUGGGAAACAAAUCAGUCCAACAGGUCCAACUUCGUUUCUAUGAUCUGAUGAAACUUUUCCACUCUGCGUCCAAAAAGUCCACUUCCUGGUCACCAGAGAGCCAGCCAAUCAGCAGUCAAGCUGCAGCUCCAGACUGAAAAAGGGACUAAGCAUAAGGAUGUCUGUAAACCCCGACAAUAAGUCUUCAAUUGAGCUGAGACUAAACUAGCUCUACUGUUGUAGGAUUAUACCUGUGGCAUUUUGGCUUCAUCUUUGGUUGAUAACCCUCUGUUGCCAGUUGAAUCGACAUGUCUGCUCUGCUGAGUCUGUUCAGGAGCAUCAGUGCACAAUCAGUGUGACUUAUCAGGCUCAUCAGAAUGACCUGAAAGCCUUUUAAACCUGAGCCCCCCCUGAGGAGAAAAGAAUGACUCAAGAAUUCAUCUUAAUGAGUCUUGAGUUUAAUUCUGGUUCCAGCGUUCAUUUACGGCUAUUCAGUAGUUUCCAGGAAAUGUUUCUGGAAUAUGUUUGCAGUCAUUGUAGACGAACUCAGAAGGUCCAAAAUCGGCAUUGCUGUUAUUUGCCAAACUGAGUCAGUUAAAUAUAAAAACUGAUCUGCUGAAAUGCCUUAAGAGUUUCAUCUAAGUAAAUAUCAAGAACCAAAUUUGACUCUAGAGCCACAUA